AUGGUUGGUUCAUGCAAUGGCUUGGUUUGUUACUUGGCACUGUGCAAGUCCGCUUUUGGGUACUAUUAUGAUCCCAUCUACAUCAGCAAUCCCAUCACCGGGGAAUAUGUUUAUCUUCCGACAUUCAACUUCUUCAAACCGGUGGAGGGUUAUUUUAGUUGUGGAUUUGGUUACCAUCAUUCCACGAAUGAGUAUAAAGUUGUUAGAAUCUUUCGUGAGUUUUUCAUUUCUCAUAAUUGUUGCAGCUAUGUUCAAGUAUACACUUUGGGUAGUGGUCGUGGGUGGAGAGAUAUAGGAAGAGUUGAUCUCCGUUUAAGUCCAGAGGCCGGUGUUUGUGCUAAUGGAACCCUUCAUUGGUUUGAGAAGCACGAUAAGCAAAUCGUAGAUUUCGACUUAGCAGAAGAGAAGUUUGAAUUGAUCUCAUUACCAACACUAUUCCCAACAGUUUCGUAUUACAGUUGUCCCGAUACUUUUCUUAAAUUGUUGGGAGGGUAUAUGUGUGUUGUUCAUACGGAUGAUGCAGGAAAAGAAGACAGAUUUAUUCACAUAUUAGAGAAAAAGAAAAAGUACAUUAAAAAGCAGCAUGAGUUCAAGUACGUGUGGAGUUGGAGGAAGACAUUUAGUAUACCAUGCAGCUAUGCCGUAAGAUAUACGCCGUUUGCGGUUACAAAAAGCAAUCAAGUUCUAAUGUCGCAUAAUAGAAGUGUCUUUUAUUACUCGGAAAAUACUAAUGUCGCAUAA